AUGUACGGUUUACUGCCCGAACCCGAUAGUGGGACGCAAGGAGCAGGUGGAUGGGGAGGAUGGGGUGAAUGGGACGAGUGUUCAGUAACAUGUGGAACAGGAAAUAGGCAGAGGGAAAGGAACUGUGACAAUCCAAGUCAAAUGGGUGGUGGCGCCAAUUGCCGGGGUAGCUCCGUCCAGACCACAGCAUGCGUAUUGACAGCGUGUCCUGUUGAUGGCGUUUGGGGAAGCUGGGAACAAUGGGGAGCUUGUCCUGUAACCUGUGAUUCGGGAAACCAGUUUAGAAAUCGUACAUGUGACAACCCCACACCCAGCAAUGGCGGUAUCUACUGCCAAGGAAGAUCUUUCGACUCCAAACAAUGUACUUUGGCUGCAUGUCCAGUUCAUGGAGGUUGGGCGUCCUGGAAAAGUUGGAGCUCAUGUGCUUUAGUGAACAAAAAUGUCAAAAGGACAAGAUGUCGCACGUGCACUAACCCUGUCCCUGAAAAUGGGGGAAAUAGCUGUCCUCGCCGUCGUAUACAUUCUGAGCGGUGUGCCAUUCCGAAAUCUGCUCUUCGGCGCCCAUGUCGAUGUCCGAUAUCGCGAGUCGCUGUGGCUAAGAACAUAAGUGCAGAUGAAUUAGUGGAAUUGGUGAACAACAUCAAAGAGGAGCUGAGCGUCGAUGUGUCCAAACUAUCAAAAACUAUCAGAAAGAAAAUAUCUGUGAAAGAUACAAGAUCGUCAGUAAAAACAAUAGGAGUUCUGGGCACAAUCAUGUUGAUCAUCCCGUUGUCGAUUGUCAUCGGUCUUGAUCUUCUAAACGUUUACAGAUACUUCAAACAAGACAAGGUGGGGGUCGAACCAGGAGAUGGACCUGCCGGAAGUCAACAGUGAUGUAGAAUACUAUAUACCUUUUAUCGAUAAAGGGUACUUGUCGCUUAUGAUAGGUGACAGUGAUGUCAAAAGCUUCGGAAAUGACAUCGGCGAAAAGACGAUAAAAGCAUCACCAUUUGUGAUACUUAAACAAACAUGUGUGUGAAGUUUAAGGUGAUAUAAAGAUGUAAAUACAUUCCCGUGCUGUUUAUGACGAAUCACGUACGUUUGUUUUUGCUGAAAAAAAAAGACCCAAAAAAACCUGAUACGUGUGUUGAUGUUGAAACAUAAGUGAUCCGUGUGUUACUGGUGAUAAAAAACUAACACGUGUGCUGUUGGCUACAAACAAAAUGAUUCAUUUGACGUUAAAGACAAAAAACGGUAUCUCCUUUCUGACAGACAAAUCUGUGACUUUUAUAAAACUGUAUCUUAUUGUACAUAUUUUUCUUCAAAUGUAGUAAAAGUUAUCUUGUUCUUGCUUAUGGUGACCUUAUGUGUCCUUUGCAGUCUCGGCGGGAAAAUGGACCUGAAAUGUGAACGUAAAUCAAAAGAAAACUAAUUUGGUACUUCGGUACAAACGGCCGGCUACAUCUAAUAUUCAAAAUCUUUGAAAAAAAAUAAUCCAUUAGGUUUCUGAAAUACUUUUUUUUAAAUAUAGCGUGUAAGACGAUUUACCAGUUUGUUUUAUACUACCAUUCAUACAUGAUUGAACAGAGAUAAGUAGUUUUAACGCCUUUCUUUAAUGAACAUUUAAUAUGUUUACCUAUACUGUACAGAUAGAUUGUCUUUUUAGAAUUUUUUUUUUCAUCAUUUGAAUAUUGAAAUGGAUAAUACAGCGCCAAAUGGUAACUUGCAAAACAUGUACUUUAAAGACGCCCGUAAAAAUACCGAAAGUUCGUAUUGACCUACGUUGAUGUAGAUUUUCGCUCAACCAAUCGCUUGAAACAAAUGCUAAUAUGGAUCGAAUACUGAUGAUAUUGAAGAGUUCGAACGACCAUGUUUACACAGGAGAAGUUUUACACUGACAGUCUUCUGUGGUAGGCUGUUUUUAAUCGCAGAUCAAAUGUCAAAUAAUUUGUCAACGACGCUUUUGAAUGAACAAACGGAUAUAUUUGAAAAGUAUUAUAUUAAAGUGUCUUUCCUUCGUUCGAGUGGCACUUGCACAAAGUUGCAUACUUAUGAGCACCACGGGGCGAAACACCUGUAUCGUGUAAACAAAGCCUGUGACAUGUAUGUACAAAAAGGAAACGCCGACAAAUUUAGUACCAAGAUAAAUACACAAAACUUUCACUUCUCAUUAAUUGGUGUUCGAUGAGGUAAUAUUUAGUUUAAAUGCCUGUGAUUUGUCAGAACGGUGCCAUUUUUAACUUUGAGCAUAGUUUCAUUACGAAACUGCCUGGCUUUUGAGUCGAAUAUCUCGCAGAAGCAAUGCCAAUUCCUCGUUCGACUCGACCGAUGUGGCCUCCUUCGCUCUUUUCGAACUGUUCAUCUGGUUGCCGAUAUAUAUACGACUUUUAUUACUUUCGCUAUAUUGUCGUGUCCACGUGUUCUCGCUGAUUCCGAUUUCAGUGACCCAUCAGGUAAUCGCUAACUCGGGGGCUGCAUCCGUCAUUUUCUUUCUUGUUAGUGAAUUUGUAUGCGCAUGCCCGUAUUGAUAGUCGUUGGCGGCGUUUAAUUUUCACACUUCGGGUCGAAGUCACGUUUUCAAAAACUUAAAUUUUCAAGAACUUUGGGUUAUCUUCGGACAUUGAGUGAUGUAUUACGGUAAAGUUUAUCACAUUUACUAGUUGCGCAAAAUACAAGAUCCCCGUUUACUUUUAUUUUUAUAGCAUCAACUCAUUUCAACAACAGAAUGUCCCUUUAAAAACUAUCAUGGAUAUUUUGUCAUAAUAGAAUAAAUGCCUGCUGUACAUACAUACUUCAUUUUUUAUCAUUACUUUUUUUAAUAGCUUGUAUUACUGUCGUUUGUUGUUUUAUAGAUAGAUGACAUUGGAUGAUAACAAAUUGAUAUGCUGCUCCAAUUGCAGACCCGAUAUUUUACUGCUAUGUUAAUUUAUGUAUAUUUAUCAUUAUCACAUUGUAAAUAAAACAGAUGAAUCUGAUGAAUAUUUAAUAUGUUUCGUGCUAUUGGUACUAGUGAUACAAUAAACAUAUUGAUUUUU